AUGGGGUCCCCUUCCAGCCCCGGCUUUUACUUGAGCCGCGUGGUGGCCCUGCUGCUGGCCGGGCUGGUCGCGGCGCUCCUUCUAGCGCUGGCCGUGCUGGCUGCCCUGUUUGGGCACUGUGCGCGCACCCCGCUGUCGGAGCCCAAAGUGUUGGGCGUCCCCGGCUCUGCGUCCUCCCCUCCCAGCCGGCAAGAGGAAACCCGACCGACUCCGAAAUACGGCUCUGCCCAGGAGAGGGUGGCGAUGACCCCCUCGAGCGAGUGGCGCCCCCCGGGCCCCUGGGAUCAGUUGCGCCUGCCGUCCUGGGUCGUACCUCUGCACUACGACCUGGAGCUGUGGCCCCGGCUGCAGCCCGACGCGCUCCCUGAGCCGGGGCUGCGAUUCAGCGGCUGCGUGAACAUCACCGUGCGCUGCACGGCGGCCACCACGCGGCUGCUCUUGCACAGCCUCUUCCUGGACUAUGACCUCGUUGAAGUGUUCGGUCCCCUGCCUCCAGGCACCAGGGGCACCUCCGUGGGCCGUGUGCAGGUGAACCACAUGUGGUUCGCGCUGGACACGCAGUAUAUGGUGCUGGAGCUGGGAGAGGCGCUGCAGCCUGGAUCCCGCUACGAGCUGCGGCUUGACUUCUCGGGCCCUGUGUUCGUGGACGCCAGAGAAGGGCUGUUCCUUAAUGUCUACACCGACCAAGGCAAGCGCAGGGCCCUGAUUGCCUCGCAGAUGGAGCCCACGUUCGCCCGGAGCGUCUUCCCUUGUUUUGACGAGCCAGCUCUAAAGGCCACCUUCCGCAUCACGGUGGUCCACCAUCCAGCUUAUGUGGCACUCUCCAACAUGCCAGUGCUGGGUCAGUCGGAAAGGGAAGAUGUGAACGGCACCAAGUGGACGGUCACGACCUUCCACACCUCGCCCCGCAUGCCAACCUAUGUGGUCGCCUUUGCCAUCUGUGACUUUGACUCAGUCAGCCAGACCGAGCGGGGGAAGGAGGUACGCAUCUGGGCGCGGAAGGAAGCCAUCACAGACGGAUAUGCAGACUUUGCCUUGAACAUCACCGGGCCCAUCUUCUCUUUUCUGGAGGAUUUGUUUAAUAUCAGUUAUCCUCUUCCCAAAACAGAUUUAAUUGCCUUGCCUGUUUUUGACAAGCAUGCGAUGGAAAACUGGGGCCUCAUGAUGUUUGAUGAAUCUCUGUUGUUGCUGCGGCCCAGUGACCAUCUGACAGAGAGAAAGGCUAUGAUCACCUACAUCGUCUCCCAUGAGAUCGGACACCAGUGGUUUGGAAACUUGGUUACCAUGGAUUGGUGGAACAAUCUCUGGCUCAGUGAGGGCUUUGCAUCUUAUUUGGAACUUGGAGUGAUUAACUACCUCAACCCCCAACUCCCAGGAAAUGAGAUAUUUUUAGCCAACAUUUUACACAUUAUUCUUGGAGAAGAUCACGCCUUGGUGUCCAGAGCUGUGUCCUCGAGAGUGGGGAAUUUCACAGACACGAGUGAAAUCAAUGAACUCUUUGAUCUGUUCACGUACCACAAGGGAGCGUCUCUGGCCAGAAUGCUCCACAGUUUCCUGGAUGAGCCUGUCUUUAUCACAGCCCUCAGGACCUAUCUGAAGGCUUUUUCUUACUCGAAUGCUGAGCAAGAUGAUUUGUGGAGACAUUUCCAAAUGGCCAUAGAGGACCAGAGUACAGUUGUCUUGCCAAUGACAGUGAAAAGCAUAAUGGACAGCUGGACACACCGGAGUGGUUUUCCAGUUGUCACUUUAAAUGUAUCCACGGGCGUUGUGCGACAGGAGCCGUUUUAUCUGGGCCCGGUUCAGACCCUUGUCACCCAUAAUGACACGUGGAUUAUUCCUAUUCUUUGGAUAAAAAAUGGAACUGCACAAUCUUUAGUCUGGCUAGAUAAAAGCAGCAAAGUGUUCCCUGAAAUGCAAGUUACAGAUUCUGACCAUGACUGGGUGAUUUUAAAUUCAAACAUGACUGGAUAUUACAGAGUUAAUUAUGAUAACUUGGGUUGGAAGAAAUUACAACAACAGCUUGAAACAGAUCCCAAGGCGAUUCCUGUGGUUCACAGGCUGCAGCUGAUUGAUGAUGCCUUUUCCUUAUCCAAAAACAAUUAUAUUGGCAUCGAAACGGCACUUGAUUUAACCAAGUACCUUGCUGAAGAAGAUGAAAUCAUAGUAUGGCGUGCAGUCUUGGUAAACUUGGUAACCAGCGAUCUUGUUUCUGAUGCCAGCAACUAUGAUAUGUACCCGUUAUUAAAGAAGUAUCUAUUAAAGAGAAUCAAGUCAAUAUGGACUGUUUACUCAACUAUAAUCCGUGAAAAUGUGAUGGUCUUACAAGAUGAUUAUUUAGCUCUAAUAUCCCUGGAGAAACUCUUCGGAACUGCGUGCUGGUUGGGCCUUGAAGACUGUCUUGGGCUGUCACGAGAACUCUUCCGGAAGUGGAUGACGCACCCACAGGAUGAAAUACCAUGUCCAAUUAAAACUGUGACUCUGUGUUAUGGCAUUGCCUUGGGAAGUGAUGAAGAAUGGGACUUCCUGUUCAGCGCCUAUGUUAAUAACACAGUGGAAGAAGAAAGGCUGCAGUUUGCUUAUGCCUUGAGCUGCAGUAAAGACCCUUGGAUACUUAACAGGUAUUUGGAAUAUGCCAUCACUACAUCUCCACUUGCUUUCAAUGAAACGAAUGUGAUUGAAACUGUGGCUGCCUCCGAAGUUGGCCGGUACAUCGCCAAGGACUUUUUAAUCAACCACUGGCAGGCUGUGAGUGAAAGGUACGGAGCCCAGUCACUGAUUGCGCUCAUGUACACGAUUGGGAGGACGAUAAGUACAGACGCACAGAUCACAGAGCUGCAGCAGUUUUUCAGUGACAUGUUGGAGGAGCCCCAGAGGCUCACAGUCCAUGCCAAACUACAGACCAUAAAGAACGAAAACCUGGAAAACAGACAGCGGAGUGCCAGGAUCGCUGCUUGGUUACGGAAGCACACCUAGGCCUUGGCUCCUUCUGGCCCCUCCUGUGUGUUACCAUCAAGUCUGCUCACAGCCUUCUUUUGGUGCUCUGCGAGUCUGGGACGCUUCACAUGUUGAUUGUUGUAUUUCAGCCACACAUAGCAGGG